CAUAGAGUGAAGAAAGCCCUCUUUCCCCCAAAAACCCUAAAAGCUCAAACCUUUGGCGGCUAUCCACUGAACCCACCAAAGGGUUUUAUUAUCUCACAAGAUCUGUCAUGGCUACCCUUUCAUCCUCGGCUGACCAAACUUCAGAUUUGCUGCAGAAGUUAUCCUUGGACUCGCAAACAAAGACUUUGGAGAUGCCUGAGCCCACCAGCAAGAUCCAGCCAAGUGACCGGUCUGUGACCCCAGUGCUAUCCAGCUUCAUGGAUCCAACUGUGUGCUAUCUUCCUAAUGGUUAUCAAUCCUAUUACUAUGGAGGCUAUAAUGGGGCUGGGGAGUGGGACGACUAUUCAAAGUAUCUGAACGCAGAAGGAGUAGAUAUGGUUUCUGGGGUUUAUGGGGAUAACGGAUCUGCUAUGUAUCCCCAUGGUUAUUGGUAUGGACCCUAUAGCCCAUAUUCACCAGCAGCUUCUCCUGUUCCCACUAUGGGAAAUGAUGGUCAGUUAUAUGGUCCUCAGCACUACCAAUAUCCUCCUCCCUACUUCCAGCCAUUGACUCCAAGUGGUGAGCCCUUCACACCCAGCCAUGUAGCCCCUUCCCAAGGCGAUCUGUCUAUCUCAACAGCUACCGACCAGAAGCCUCUGCCUGUGGAGACAGCUAAAGAAAAUUCUAAUGGCAUUGCAAAUGGUGUGGAUGUUAAGGGAAGCAACGGUGCAGUUCCCUACAAGCCCAAGUAUCAAAAUUCAUAUGGAAGGGGUGGUUUUACAAAGGGACUUCCUGCUUCUGGUUACAAGGAUCUGAAAUCUCGUUUUGAUAGGUUACAACCUGAUAUCCCAUUGCUGGAUACCUCUGUGAUUUCCAAUGGGCUGUACAAAAACACUGAGAUUUCUUCUUCAUUUUCAAAGGCUGGCAAUGCUCCAUCUUCAAGGAACCAUAAUUUCCAUCAAAAUUCUCAUUUCAUGGGAUGGCAGCACCCUGCUCUGUCAUCAGGCGUGGGUUCAACUCAUGGAUAUAUGAAUAGGAUGUAUCCAAACAAAUUCUAUGGACAAUAUGGAAAUGGUUUCAGAUCUGGCAUGGGCUUUGGAUCUGGUGGUUAUAAUGCAGGAAUAAAUGGACAUGGGUGGUUAGCUAUCGACAGCAAAUACAAACCCAAGGGGCGAGGCAAUGGUUAUUUUGGUUAUCACAAUGACAGCAUUGAUGGUUUGAAUGAGCUAAACAGAGGACCUAGGGCCAAGGGAUAUUUCAAAAACCUGAAGGGUUUUGUUCCUGCCACGGUUGCAGUCAAGGGGCAGAGUAUGCCAUCAAGUGAUACUAAUGUUGAGGAGAAGGAUAAGACAACUGUGGUUCCAGACCGAGAACAAUAUAACAAAGCAGAUUUCCCUGAGGAAUAUGAUAAUGCUAAAUUUUUCAUCAUCAAAUCUUACAGCGAGGAUGAUGUGCAUAAGUGCAUUAAAUACAACGUCUGGGCUAGCACACCUAAUGGCAACAAGAAGCUUGAUGCGGCAUACCAAGAGGCUGAGCAGAAAUCUGGUGGCUGCCCUGUGUUUCUAUUGUUCUCGGUUAAUACCAGUGGGCAAUUUGUAGGACUGGCAGAGAUGACAGGGCGAGUUGAUUUUGACAAGAGUGUCGAGUAUUGGCAACAGGACAAGUGGACAGGCUAUUUCCCUGUGAAGUGGCACAUUGUGAAGGAUGUCCCCAACAGUUUCUUGAAGCAUAUUACCCUCGAGAACAAUGAGAACAAACCAGUCACCAACAGCAGAGACACUCAAGAGGUCACGUUAGAGCAAGGGCUUAAAUUGAUAAAAAUAUUCAAGGAUCAUAGCAGCAAAACAUGCAUCUUAGAUGAUUUUGUGUUUUAUGAGGAUCGGGAGAAGAUGAUCCAGGAGAAAAAGGCUAAGCAACAGCAGCUCAAGAAACAGGUGUGGGAUGGAAAGCCAUGUGAUGAAAAGAAAGAGAUAGCAAAUGGUUCAUAGAAAGUCUCUGGACAUUGUCUCUGAUUUUAGCUAAGAACCUUACUCUAACUGAACAUUCCAAGGGAGAAGCUGAAUGAUUCUGAGAAUGUUUUGGUUGCUGAAACUAAAGAUGCAUCAGAGGCAAAUCGAAAUAUGGCAAAUGGGGUUUUGCAAGUUCUGCUUUGUGCAGCUGUAUUUGUAGAUUUUCAUACAACGAGUUUUGUCAGAAGAUUUCUGCUUUAGACUUCUCAGGGGGGAUGGAAAAUAACUUGGCGGGCUAGGCUUCUUCCAAUCCAAAUAGUUCUUGGUGAGAAGCUAAUGACAGGUUUCUGUUUGGGCAGGAGUUUGGGUUUUAGGGUUUCUGCUUUAGGGUUUUUAUCUUCCUAUCUUGAUCCUUUUUUUUAUUUCCGACUACAUUCUCUAUAUUUAUCCAUAUUUUGCAGUUUGGUUAUUAUUUUCUGCCUUGUAAAUCCGGGAACCCCUUUGUUACAACCGAGUAUGUUGUCACUUAUAAGAGGGCUAGAAAAGCAAGUUUGGAAGAAGUCUCUGCAAUAUAUUUCAAGUAAAAGGAGCUUUUAAUGUAUUUUCCUUCUUCCA